CGGGUCGGGUUCGGAUUAAAAUCCGGUGGCUGGCUGGGCGGGUUGGGUCGGGUUCGGGUUUGGGGAACCCGACCCGUGAAUACCCGGAUAUAGGUAAAACCCUAAUAUCUAUAAUGUGGCAUUUGAAUGACCUCCUCCAACCCCAAAUUUUGGCCGCCACCAAACCUCCCAGCAGAGUGCAGAGAGCAGCACGCCGCCACCAAAUCCUCCCGUCUCCAUUCCCGUCGCCGCCCGAAUCGGGAUCCCGUCUCCAUUCCAGUCGCCGCCCGCCCUCCCCCUGCUACUCCUCUGCUCUGCGCCUCCAAGUCCCCACCUCCCCGCCGGGCGCCGACGUUCGAACUUCGAAUCCAUACCGCGCGCGCGCCGCCCUCCCCCUGCUACUCUGCUCCGCGCCUCCACAUCGCCGCCUCCCGCCGACUCCAGUCCUGCCGCCCUUCAGUCCCGCCCUCCUCCUUCUCCUCUGCUCUGCGCGUAGUCUCCACGUUCCGCCAACGCCGACGGUCCACACCCGCCGCCCUCCUGCUUCCUCUACUCCGACCCUUCCCCUGGUGGGUGUAAGUGAACUUGUUUUUUUUGUUGCUGUGUGAACUUGUUUGAUAAUGUGUGAACUUGUUUUGUUGCUCCGACCCUUCCUCUGAUACUGUGUGAACUUGUUUGAUAAUGACUGUAUGCUAAUCUUCCUUUCUUUUCUCAUUAUGAAGUCUUUUCCUUCAAGAGUCUGGAACUUGAAAGUUUCUGUGGCAGUAUUUGUACAAGGCUAAGAAAUGAUCCAAAGUUUUGUCCUUUGUGCCCAUGUAUUAAUCUGCUGUGCAAGAGCUCCUAGUAUACCAUCUAUUUCCGACCAAAACAUUGCUACUAUGCUGAUGGGGCUGGAGUUGGGGCGAGCUAACAGUAUCUGUUGUGCUGCAUAAUUUCGUGAUUUCAAUUUUAUUGAAUUCGUCCAACAAUAUAUUUGCAAGUAAUGUUCUUAUCUGUAUUGUAUGUAGUGAAUGAGAUAACAACACCAUAUAAUUUAAUGAUAUAUAUCCCACUAUGAUAUUUGUUUGUGUGUAGUGCUUGAAAUGGCUUCAAAUGUCUAGGGAUGGCAAAUUACCCACUCAUGGGUAAUUAUACCCAAACCCAAGUAGAUCCAUUGAUAAUGGGUUGGGUAUGGGUGAAGUGCAUAUGGAUUUGGGGGUUUAUAGAUGGGUUUGGGUAAAGUAUGAAUAUUGUUUCCAUAAUCUAAAUGGGUAUGGGUUGGAUAUGGAUAUUCAUUUACUUGAGGGUGUUUUAACUACACAUGCAAAAAUUUAACCUAUUUGUAAACCUUGAAAAGUUUAGGUACCAAAAUGUAAGACCAAAAAAAUUUUAGGUACCAAAACAUAAUUUUCCAUCGAUAUUUUGAGGACUUAUAUGCAAAAAAAAUUAAAUUUAGAUACUAAAUAUACAUAUCUAUUAAGUUUGGGUACCAAACUUAAUUUGUAUUUGGGCAUGGGUACAAACCCAAAUCCAUUUGAUAUAAACCCAACUCAACCGAAAAUAAAUGGGUAUGGGUACA